GAAUUCAGAGAAUCCAGAGUUUAGUGUUCCAACUGUCUUGUCUUCUUUCACUUGUGUGCUUGCCAACCAAUCAGGAUUUAGAAUAGUUCUCUCUACCCCGAUCGAACUCACGCGUAUUAGACUCAAGGUUAAGCCACUCAGCCUAACGCGUCAAGGUCAUAAUUUAGACUAGACAGACCAAGGUCAAGUCAUAACAAGUAUCACGGGGUAAAAGCGAUUCAAGGUCAUAACAACUGGCGACGGAGAAUUUUGUUUUUUCUUUCCUAUAUUGAUUGAUCCAGUACAAAAUGCCUGUAUCAUUGGACGACCUUAAAACUAUUCUUCAAAUGCAGCAAGCACAAAAUGAUGCAAAUCAGACGAAGCUUUUGGAUGCAUUGGCACGAAUGUUCUCAUUACAGUCGUCCUCAGCUUGUCAAUCAGAUAAGCAUGAAAGCAUCAUAAAUUCUAUUUCUGAAUUCCAGUAUGAUCCUGAAGCUAAUGUCAUUUUCAGUUCGUGGUUUCACCGUUGUGAAGAUAUUUUCCGCGUUGAAUGCUCGCAUCUUGAUGACGCAGCGAAAGUCCGCUUACUCUUAAGAAGACUGGGAACACAGGAAUAUAAUAAAUAUGUGAAUUUUAUCUUACCGCAAAAUCCACGAGAGGUAUCAUUCAAAGACACAGUUCAGAUUCUAUCUGAUAUUUUCGAUGAACAGUCCUCAUUAUUUAAUACUCGCUAUAAAUGCUUCCAAAUAACGAAAUCUCCAGAGGACGAUUAUCUCACGUAUGCUGGGAAGGUAAAUCGACAGUGCGAACGCUUCAAAAUAAACGAAAUCACAGCGGACCAAUUUAAAUGCUUGAUUUUCAUAUGUGGUCUAAAGAAUGAAGAAGAUGCAGAUGUCCGUACCAGAAUGUUGGCACGCAUUGAACAAGAACCAAAUAUGACAUUACAAAUGGUCACAACUGAAUGUCAGCGGUUACUUAAUCUCAAGCAUGACACUGCGAUGGUGCAACAGAAGGUUAAACCUUCCGGUUCUGAUUCAAUUAAUGCGCUCCGAUCCAUAAAAUCAUCGAAACAAAACUGUACAAGCAGGAAACAACCUGCCAACCCCCCAUCACCAUGCUGGUUCUGCGGAGCAUGGCAUUUUGCAAAAUUCUGUCCGUUUAAGAAUCAUAAAUGCCGCAAAUGUCAUCGCAUUGGCCACAAAGAAGGUCAUUGUUCGUUAAAUAAACGCAAGACUAAAUAUCGUAGUGGAAAUUCAAAGCAACGAUUAAACAGUCAAAUUAAAACCACGUUUGCAACCUUUAAAGUUGGAUUUAAAAGUAGGCGGAAAUUUGUAAAUUUAUUAGUAAAUGAAAAACUUAUACGACUUCAGUUGGACACUGCUUCUGAUGUCACGUUGAUUUCAAAGAACACAUGGCACAAGUUAGGAUGCUCAUCCAUCCGACCGACGGAACAUGUCGCCCGAAAUGCGUCAGGAGACAUAGUAAAGUUGACAGGAGAGGUUCUAUGCAAUGUUCAAUUUAUGGGAAGUAAAUUUACAGAUGUUUGUUAUCUAACAAAUCGACACGAUUUAGAUCUAUUGGGAUUAGAUUGGAUUGCACAUGUUGAUACUUUGAAUAAAUUAUUAGAUGAGGUAUGUUCACAAAAUGUUUCCUAUGAGUCUAUCCAAAUCCCUAAUGAUAUUUCUAAAUCAAAUGCCUCCGACGAAUCAUCCUCUCUGGAUAUUAACGAAUUAAAUGCUUCUGAUGAAACAUGUUCUUAUGAUCUUUCUGAAUCAAACAAUUCAAAUGUUAUGUGUUCUCACCAUGUCAAAUCAAAUACCGCCGAUUCAUUGCCUUCUCAUAAAAUUUCCAAAUCGAAUACUUCAGACAAAGUAUGCGCUAGUGAAACUUCGGAAUCUCAUGUACUUCUUUCUAAUGUUAUGUCUACAUCAAAGUCUUCUGCUUCCUCUCAAUUGUCGUCCGUAUCUUACAUAAACCAUCUUCGACAAAUUCUUCCAGUGACAGCUGCUCGAAUCGCUGAACACACUCGCCGCGAUCCUAUCUUAAGACGAUUAUCUACAUUUAUCCAGCGUGGUUGGCCCCCACGUAUAACAUCUCAUGAACUGAAACAGUAUUAUCAACGACGCCAAUCUUUAUCCAUCGUAAAUGACUGUAUUAUGGUUGCUGAUCGCGUAGUGGUUCCGUAUAACUUACGCUCACUCGUCCUGAAACAACUGCAUACAGCCCAUCCAGGUACUGGAAGAAUGAAAGCUAUUGCUCGAAGUUAUGUAUAUUGGCCUAAUAUCGAUGAACACAUCGAAGAUUUCGUGCGUGCGUGCAGAAAAUGUGCUGAGGUUUCUAAGUGUCCACGAAAAGCUGAACUACAUUCCUGGCCAUCUCCAGAAGAACCUUGGUCGCGUAUACAUGUUGAUUUUGCUGGCCCAUUCCAGGGUACGUAUUUCCUCGUUUGUGUUGAUGCUUAUUCAAAAUGGCCGGAGAUUUUUCCUAUAAAUCAAAUCACUUCGCAACAGACUAUCAUGAAGCUACGGCAGUUAUUCUCCCGUUUUGGAGUUCCAGAUGUUCUCGUGACAGAUAACGGCACUCAGUUUAUUUCUUCCAUCUUCUCAGAUUUCUGCAAGAGGUUUGGAGUCAAACAUGUCCGUUCACCUCCGUACCAUCCACAAUCGAAUGGUCAGGCCGAAAGGUUUGUAGAUACCUUCAAAAGAGCGCUAAUGAAGGCAAAAGGGGAGGGAAAGAUAGAGGAGAUUCUUGAUGACUUUCUCUUGGUCUAUAGAACAACUCCAAACCCAUCAACACCAAAUCAAAUGUCCCCAGCAGAAAUUAUGUUUGGUAGAAAAGUAAGAACUGCUCUCGAUGCCAUAAAACCACAGCAAAUAGACAUCGGAAAAAGAAACAGAAAGAUGGAAAACCAAUUUGAUCGCCAUCAUGGGGCAAAACGCAGAAUUUUCCAAAGAAAUCAAAAAGUAUACGUCCGCGAUUUCCGAUAUUCACCUCCACAAUGGACCAGUGGACGCAUACUUAAGAGACAAGGGAACGUAAUGUAUGUGGUGGAAGUUGAAGGACAGAAGUGGACACGCCAUGUCAACCACAUACUGGAAAAUGCUGGCACUUCACAGAAAACCGAGAAAUUAGACUCAAUGUGGAGAAUCAUUCUGGACAGUUUCGACAUAAAAUGCUCAGCAACUCAGAAGACUGCGCAACAUGAACAAGGUCCUAUUAGGAAAGCAUCACGGAAACGCAGAAGACCAGAUAUUCUACAGGUAGACCCAAAGAGGAGAACAUACGUUUCCGAAGGAAGAUAUCAAUGAUGAUAUCUCAGCACUUACCUGUAUAUAGUAACUAACCAUAUUUUUUUUCUUUUUUUUAAGGGGGAAGGUGUUAUGAACGGGGAAUUAAGAAGCCCAGACAAUUAAGAAAGCUAUUUUCUUGGGACGUUAUUGCAUUUCAUUCAAACCCUGUAAAACACUUAUAUCUAUUUUUGUCCCUAUCUUAUUCUACAUAACACGAGCUUUCGUUCUAUGUAUCAUUCACUAGCAUACCCUUUUUUGUUCCAAAAAUAUUGUAAUUUAAACAUAAUAUUUUGCACUAUAUUUUCUACCCUAAUUCCCUGUUUCGGGCAUAACUGUAUUUUUCCAAAUUAUCGUACGUUGUGGUCAAGAUAUGCACUUAUUUAUUCAUGUACAUUUUUGUAGUAAUCCGAAUUCAGAGAAUCCAGAGUUUAGUGUUCCAA